CGAAGUUCGUACUACUUCGAUUAAUUUCUUUCAUAUAAAAUUGAAUUUGGUUCGUUGUUACAAAGUAAUAAAUGAAAGUGGAACAUUUAUCCAUAAAGAGUUAUGUGAAUAAGAGACUAACAGUAAAUGGUUUUGAAUAAUUACUGAAUGUGUUUUCUGUGUCCAAGUUGAAUCAUCGGGGUUGGGCAAACCAACUAAUGUCCAAUUGCUCCGUCUACGAGUAUUUGUGUGGAUAUGAAUGAUAUUUUAUGUACCUAGGAUUUAAAACUGACAAGAGUUUUACAGAGCUUGUGUAUUGUAUCUGUUUGGCAGUGAAAAAAAUUAAAUAAUAUUUGUGAUCAAUAGUUUUCAGGUCAGUUAACGUACAAUUCAUUGUGAUUAUGUCCGAAGUGGUUUUCUCAGUGGAAUCGCUAUCAAGUGAUUAAUAUACGAUAGGAACAUUUAGUAUACGGGACUACGUCCUGUAUUCUUAAGGGUGAGAUACGACAAAUCUAAGAAAAAACGGCACAAAAAAGGAGUAAUAAAUAUUGCAGAAAUGUCUGCGAACUUGUUAGAAAAUUUUGCAGCGCUUCCUGCUGAUGUACGAGAAAAGUUGGCUGAGUUAGAUUUGGAAUUAUCUGAAGGCGACAUAACACAAAAGGGAUAUGAAAAGAAGCGAGCAAAGUUGCUGCAACCGUUUUUAAUACCAACAAAUGAAGGAAAUGAGGUCUUGAAAGAUGUGGAUAAGUGUGACAAACCCAUGCCUCCUUACUAUAAUAUUAAAACGCCGCAAUCGCAAAAUCAAAAGACUGUGAAAGAUGGAGCCUUAGUAUCAAGUGAGGGAUACAGUUAUGUAACUGAAGUUCCCUCUCUACCAUCAUCUCAUCAAAGACAUUCCAAUGCGUCUAAAAAGUCAGAAGGCAGCCAUCAUUCGAUGGGCAGUAGUGGAGGUGGAGGCAUUGGUAGUGGCCACAUAGAGAGAUCCGAGUCAAGCCAUCUACAUAGUAGGCAACGACGUACACAGCGAAAGAUUACACACAAUGAGAAACGUUAUCAUUCCGAAGUGCGACACGAGGCUGUGCAACAAGCUCUUGCAGCACUGAAAACACGACCAAAGCCUAGUCUGCCAAUGCCAUCGAAGAGAAGUUCUGUGCUCAAUCGAAGUCCGGACCGCAAUAAUGAUGACAUUGAUUCGUCAACUGAUGAAGAAUCCAUUCCUGAGGAAACAAUUUCUCCCGACAAGGAGUACAAUUAUCCGCGUGAUCACGUUAGCAAUAUUAUGGAGCCAAUUAUAAAACCACCCAUUCGAGACUCAUCAAUGGCUGGCGCACAAAAUAAGCAGAAAUACCCCGAACGGCGACCACCACAGAAUUUGCCACCAUUGCCAACUUUAGAUACAACCAGCACGGAGUCGCCACCAAAAGCUUAUAUGAAGGAAAAUACUGAUUUCAGUGAUAGCAAAGAUAAGCACAAGCCAUAUGCUGCACCAGAUAUUACACAAUUCAAUAAUACUCGCCAUGCCGCAGAUCGUGUGACGCGCUAUGUGAAUGUCUCACAAACCGAUCUUGGCGAAUCGGAUACGAAUGGCCGUUGGAAAGUAUCAGCCAAAAUUCAGCAACUGCUCAAUACACUAAAACGUCCUAAGCGACGACCAUUACCCGAAUUUUACGAAGACAACGAUAUCGAACUCGAAAUCGCCGCCAAUCCCAAAGAUCCAAAUGCACCGAAACCCGAAGGUAGCAUUAUGACCGCUGUACAAGGUGAACAAUUGGCCGUCGCCGCGGGGCUGCCACGUUCGUUAGAGGCGGCACUACAGCGUUAUGGCGCAAACUCAUUUAAAUCGCCAAUGGCGACGGUACUAGAUCCGAAUGGAAAAAUCACCACUACUUUAACAUAUGGAAAAUUAUUGUCACGCGCACAAAAAAUUGCAUAUGCAUUAUCAACGAAAAUCUUCAGUAAGGGGCCAGAACAGAUUACCCUUAAGCCCGGCGAUCGCGUAGCUUUGGUUUACCCAAACAACGACCCAUUGAGUUUCAUUACUGCUUGGUAUGGCUGCAUGUUUCGCGGUCUUGUACCAUUGCCAAUCGAGUUGCCGCUCUCCAGUUCUGAUACACCGCCACAACAGGUCGGUUUUCUGCUUAGUUCAUGUGGCAUUACGGUGGCGUUAACUUCUGAGGCGUGCCUGAAAGGUUUGCCAAAAUCCGCCACCGGUGAGAUAGCGAAGUUGAAGGGCUGGCCACGCCUACAGUGGUUUGUAACUGAACAUCUGCCAAAGCCACCAAAAGACUUCAAUGUUGGAAACAUACGUAUUGAGGACUCGGCCACAGCAUACAUUGAGUAUACAACCGAUAAAGAGGGCAGUGUAAUGGGUGUCACAGUUACACGCUUGGCUAUGAUGAACCAUUGUCGCGCGCUCACCAUGGCUUGCCAUUACACCGAAGGUGAAACCAUAGUUUGUGUGUUGGAUUUUAAGCGCGAAGUUGGUUUAUGGCACGCUGUACUCACCUCAGUGUUGAAUGGGAUGCAUGUUCUAUUCAUACCUUAUGCUUUGAUGAAAUUGCGCCCCUCAUCAUGGAUGCAACUUAUCACGAAACAUCGCGCUUCCUGUUGUUUGGUGAAGAGUCGUGACUUGCAUUGGGGUCUAUUAGCUACAAAAGACCAUAAAGACAUAUCUUUGUCAUCGCUGCGUAUGCUGCUUGUUGCUGAUGGCGCUAAUCCAUGGUCGCUUUCGUCAUGUGAUCAAUUCUUAAAUGUGUUCCAGUCGAAAGGUUUGCGUUCGGAUGCGAUUUGUCCAUGUGCCAGUAGUUCAGAAGUAUUCACAGUAUCUCUGCGUCGUCCUGGACGCUCUUCGACCGGUUUUAGUCAAUCAGCAACUGGACGUGGUGUAUUAUCAAUGGCAGCUUUAUCGCACGGUGUGGUGCGUGUGGAUAGUGAAGACUCACUAACGUCGCUGACACUGCAAGAUUGCGGCCAAGUUAUGCCCGCUGCACAAAUGGUGGUCGUGCGUUCGGAAGGACUACCAGUGUUAUGUAAAACCGAUCAAGUUGGUGAAAUUUGUGUUACCAGUGGUUCCACGGGUAUCGCCUAUUUCGGUUUAGAUGGUCUAACCAACACAACAUUCAAAGUGCAGCCAUUACUCGAUGACCCGGAUACAACAAAAGAUGAAUCAGCAUUUAAACCGAUCACAGAUGAGUAUUAUGUGCGUUCGGGUCUACUAGGUUUCCUCGGACCGGGCGGUUUGGUGUUCGUGUGCGGUUCACGCGACGGUUUAAUGACUGUAACGGGACGAAAGCAUAAUGCAGACGAUAUUAUCGCUACAGUAUUAGCUGUGGAACCUAUGCGUUUCAUAUAUCGCGGUCGCAUUGCCGUUUUCAGUAUUAAAGUGUUGAGAGAUGAACGUGUUUGUGUUAUCGCCGAACAGCGUCCAGAUUGUUCCGAAGAGGAAAGUUUCCAGUGGAUGUCACGUGUUUUACAAGCUGUCGAUUCCAUACAUCAAGUGGGCAUAUAUUGUUUAGCGCUCGUGCCACCAAAUCAUUUGCCGAAAACUCCAUUGGGCGGCAUUCAUUUAUGCGAGGCGCGUCGUCGCUUCCUAGAGGGUUCAUUGCAUCCAGCUAAUGUGCUAAUGUGUCCACACACAUGUGUUACUAAUCUACCAAAACCGCGUGAAAUACAUCAAGACACGUCUGUUGGGCCAGCCUCAGUGAUGGUUGGAAAUUUAGUGCAGGGCAACCGUUUAGCCAUCGCGCAAGGACGGGACAUCGGCUUAUCUGAGGAGAAUGAACGUAAGCAUCAAUUAAUAACUGGCGUGUUGCGUUGGCGUGCAAAUACCUCACCGGAUCAUAUCAUUUUUACGUUAUUGAAUUCGAAAGGUGCUAUUGCGAAAACUUUGACAUGCUCCGAAUUGCAUAAAAGAGCUGAGAAAAUAGCAGCUCUUUUGCAAGAACGAGGACGUAUUGAACCUGGUGAUCAUGUUGCUUUAAUAUUUCCACCCGGCUUGGAUUUAUUGUGCGCCUUCUAUGGGUGUCUCUAUUUGGCUGCUAUUCCAAUCACUAUUCGACCACCACAUCCACAAAAUCUUAUAACCACCCUACCAACUGUACGCAUGAUUGUUGAUGUGUCGAAGAGUGUUAUUGUGCUGUCUAUACAACCGAUAAUAAAAUUACUGAAGUCGCGCGAAGCAGCUGCCUCCAUCGAUCCGAAGACCUGGCCACCCAUAUUGGAUAUUGACGACAAUCCAAAACGGAAAUUAAUGUCAAUUGCUAACGCACCGUUAGACUCGACGGCAUACUUGGAUUUUAGUGUAUCCACUUGUGGACGCUUAAGUGGUGUUAACAUCACGCAUCGUUCCCUUUCUAGUCUUUGCGCAAGCUUGAAAUUAGCCUGCGAACUAUAUCCUUCUCGUCACGUGGCCCUCUGCCUGGAUCCAUAUUGUGGUCUAGGCUUCGCUAUGUGGACCUUAAUUGGUGUGUAUAGCGGUCAUCAUUCGAUACUCAUUGCACCCUACGAAGUUGAAACGAAUCCCAGUCUUUGGCUAUCCACACUAUCGCAUUAUCGUGUGCGUGACACCUUCUGUUCGUAUGGCGUCAUCGAGUUAUGCACAAAAGCGCUUAGCAAUUCCAUACCAAUGCUCAAGCAACGUAACGUCGACUUGCGUUGUGUGCGCACAUGCGUUGUGGUGGCUGAGGAGCGUCCACGGGUACAAUUGACACAACAAUUUUGUAAACUCUUCCAAGCGCUCGGUUUGAAUACGCGCUGUGUAUCCACCUCUUUCGGUUGUCGUGUCAAUCCAGCAAUUUGUGUACAAGGCGCGAGCUCGGCGGAGAGCGCUCAGGUCUAUGUGGAUUUGCGUGCGCUACGCAAUAAUCGUGUAGCGCUAGUGGAGCGCGGUGCACCAAACUCGUUGUGUCUCAUCGAAUCGGGUAAACUAUUGCCUGGCGUGAAAGUGAUCAUAGCCAAUCCGGAGACGAAGGGUCACUGUGGAGACUCCCACUUGGGUGAGAUUUGGGUACAAUCACCACACAACGCUAAUGGUUACUUCACAAUUUAUGGCGAUGAAACCGACUACAAUGAUCAUUUCAACGCUAAAUUAGUGACCGGCGCAACAACCGAAGUCUACGCACGUACUGGCUAUUUGGGCUUCUUGCGACGCACCGAAUGCUCGCAAGCCGUUUCAAUUUUAGACGAAACCACACCCAGUGUGGCCAGCCGCGACAGCGACAAUGAAUCGAUCAAUUCGAUGAGUCAGUUACACUUGAAUUUUUCUUCAAUGUCGACGGGACCACAAGCACCCAGCAUCAGCGGUGAUCCCAGCUCAGUAACUAAUCUGAAUGAUCAGGAGCUACACGAUGCUGUUUACGUGGUGGGCGCUUUGGAUGAGGUCAUUACAUUGCGUGGCAUGAACUAUCAUCCCAUUGAUAUAGAGAAUUCAGUGUUGAGGUGUCAUAAGAAAAUCGCAGAGUGUGCUGUUUUCACCUGGACCAAUUUAUUGGUUGUUGUUGUUGAGCUAGAUGGCAAUGAAUCUGAGGCAUUGGACUUGGUACCGUUAGUUACUAAUACGGUCUUAGAAGAGCACCAAUUGAUUGUUGGCGUUGUCGUAGUGGUCGAUCCAGGUGUUGUGCCCAUCAAUAGUCGCGGCGAAAAACAACGAAUGCAUUUACGUGAUGGUUUUUUGGCUGAUCAACUUGAUCCCAUAUAUGUUGCAUACAAUAUGUAAAUAUCCAUACCAAUAGUUAUAUAACAAACAUACAUACAUAAAUGCAUACAAUACGUACAUACAUACAUACUAUAUAUGACGAUACAUGAAAAUGAAAUUAUUUAUUAUACACUAUUACUUUAAGCUUAUAAAUAAAAUUAAAAAUAAUAAUAUUAAUAAAAAAAUAUGUUUAAAUAUUUUAUAGUACUCAAAUGA